CUCCAAAAUAUAAUGAAUGUCUCUGUUGCAGAAAUCCUGAAUUAUCUGUGAUGUUAUAUGGAAAUAUUAACAUGCUUGAAGAACAAGAUCUUGAAAUAUGGUUACGGCAGACACUAAAACUUCCAUUUGAACAUAUAUUCAAAAAAAAACAGUGUGUUGGCUAUGCUCAUAUACACUUUUUUAAACAUGAAGAUACGAGUGAUUUUUUCUAUGUUUAUAAAGAUAUCAUUCUUGGUGAUCCUAUGGGCAAUGAAACAUCAGAAUAA